AAUUAGUCGACGUUCUUGACUAUAAACGACUAGACGGCACAACAUGUCGCACAUCAUAUAUACAGCACCUGGGUGUGGACGAUGAGCAUCUAACCGGCUGUGAUAGACCGCUCUCUCUUCGUCAUCGAAACAGUCCAGACGAACAUGUCCAACGAGUCCAAAACUCCCUCGUUCGAGGAUGCUGAGAAGAGCGUCUCCGUCCCAGGCUCCGAUGCCGAUGUGACCAGCAGGCCAGUGACCUCGAGUGCCAGCGACGUUCCCAAUGGAGGUGCCAAAGCAUGGCUACAAGUCCUCGGCUCCUUCUUUCUCUUUUUCAAUACUUGGGGCAUAUUGAAUGCAUUCGGCACCUAUGAGACCUACUACGGCACCGGAAUUCUUUCAUCAUCUUCGCCCUCGCAGAUCGCUUGGAUCGGCUCGAUUCAAGCUUUCCUCUUGCUGUUCGUCGGCAGUGUGACUGGACCGCUGUACGAUGCUGGCUAUGUCCACCAACUGCUCUGGGUGGGAUCACUCCUCGUGGUGGCCGGCCAGAUGCUCUUGAGUCUAUGCACCACCUACACCGAGGUCGUUCUCGCUCAAGCAGUGACCAUAGGCAUCGGCACCGGCCUUCUCUUUGUACCGGCCGUGGCCAUUCUCCAGCAGUAUUUCAGCACCCGCAUCGCCGCAGCUACAGGACUCUCUGCUGCUGGUGGUAGUAUCGGAGGCGUGAUAUAUCCCAUCGUCUUUCACAGACUGCAGCCUCGCAUCGGAUUCCCGUGGGCUACUCGUGUACUUGGGUUCAUCGCUCUGGCGGGGCUUUCGGUCUCGAUCAUGGUGAUACGGGUUCGGGUCUCGCCUCCGCAACGCAGGAAGCUCAUAGAUCUUACUGCAUUCGUGGAUCUCCCAUUCAUGCUCUUUUCAGUGGGCUGCAUUCUGGCGUUCAUGGGCAUGUACGCACCCUUCUUCUUCGUGGAAAGCUAUGUUAUUCGCAACAAUAUCUUGAGCGAGAACAUGGGUUUCUACCUCCUGUCAAUCAUGAAUGGAACCAGUCUUUUCGGUCGCAUCUUCCCCAACGCUGGCGCCGAUAAGACAGGUCCGCUCAACAUGAUCAUCCCAUGUGGUGCGAUCACUGGCAUGCUAUGUCUCUGUCUCAUCGCUGCGAAAAGUUCCGCUGCCGUCAUCGUUCUCAUGGCACUAUACGGUUUCUUCUCUGGCAGUCUAGUGUCGCUGCCGCCGACGAUCUUCGCAAGCCUGACCAAGGAUCGAAGAGUCAUAGGCACCCGGAUGGGAAUGGGAUUCGCACUGUCAUCCGUCGGGGUCCUGGUGGGCUCUCCCAUUGCGGGUCAGAUUCUGGGCGCAAGUGGUUUCACGAACGUCUGGGUGUUUGGGGGCGUGUUGACCCUUGCAGGAGUCGCAUCCAUGUUGGCAGCGAGGCUCGUCUCGGCAGGACCGAAGCUCAUGGUGAAAGCUUGAUUACGUGCAUUAAUCAUUCGGUAGAUGUACACACCUUGGGCGAUGGCGUUAUUUUUACAGACAGGCAUUCACCAUGAAGGGAUUUGCUCAAUUGUGUAUAGCGAGGAAGGUCUCUACAUUAAUAACAUGUCCAAUCCAGCCCCUAGGGCAAUAGAUAGAUCAAAAGAAUGGC